CUCACAGUUCAUAAAAUAAGAAAAUAUUUCCAUUAUCAAAACGAAGGAAACAACCUCUCAACCAUGUCUCUCCUUUUUCUAAUCUCCUUCUUAUUCAGUCUCCUCCUCUCAAACCCUUCACCGUCCUUAUCCCAAGAAAACGACUCUUUUUCGUCCUCGGACUUCCCCUGGCUCCCAACUCAAAACAGGAUUCUUCUCUCUCGCAACAGAGACUUCGCCGCUGGUUUUAUGCAAAUACCCUCUUCUGCAAAUCACUAUACUUUCUCUAUUUGGUAUUACAACAUAUCUGGAAAUAGAACCACUGUCUGGUCAGCUAAGACUAACUCUACAAUCGAUCGUACUUCCUCUCUUGUCAUCAGCAAUACCAGUGAGCUACGUUUAAUCAACUCUGCAGGCGGAACCUUGUGGCCAGAGCCUGCGGCUAUUGGCAAUCCGAACUCUACUCUAGUCUUGAAAGAUGAAGGUAAUCUUGUUUAUGGGACUUGGCAGAGUUUUGAUUAUCCAACAGAUACGAUUUUGCCUAAUCAGACAAUGAAGGCAAAAAAUGGGACGGCGAUGCAAUCAAAGAAUGAGAAAUUCAUCUUCCAGAAUAGCAAAAGCCUGGUUUUUAACUCUUCUGAAUACUGGAACACUGAUAACGCGUUUCAAAAACUGGAUGAGAAUGGAAGGGUGCGUCAAGAUAAUGGAGCUAGUUUGGUUUCUUCAGAUUUCGGUGAACCCAACCGGUUACGGAGACUGACACUGGAUAAUGAUGGAAAUCUCAGAAUUUACAGCUUUGGUUCGAAAGCCGGUGAGUGGGAAGUUGUCUGGCAAGCUGUACAAGAAAUGUGCACGGUUCAUGGAACUUGCGGGCCUAAUGCUAUUUGCAUGAAUGAUGCAUCAAAUUCUGAUCCCACUUCUUGCGUUUGCCCACCUGGAUUCAGAAAAAGAACCAAUGACAAUAACUCAUGUGAGAUCAAAAUUCCGCUCAGGAAUCCUGGAAACACCAAGUUUCUUCAGCUGGAUUAUGUUAACUUCUCUGGAGGCUCAGAUCAGAGUAAUCUGAAUGCUAAGAAUUUCUCAAUGUGUCAAUCCCGAUGCCUGGCCAAUCCAAAUUGUCUGGGGUUUGGUUUUAAAUAUGAUGGAAGAGGAUACUGUGUGCUCCAGAUUGAUCGAUUGCUAUACGGAUACUGGUCUCCAGGGACAGAGUCUGCAUUUUUCUUGCGUGUUGACAAAUCAGAAACCGAUCGAUCCAAUUUCACAGGUAUGACAAGUUUGUUAGAAACAACAUGUCCUGUUAAAAUAAGCCUUCCUUUGCCACCUGACGAAUCCAACACCACGACUCGGAAUAUACUGAUAAUCUGUACUCUUUUUGCUGCUGAGCUUAUCUCUGGGGUUCUUUUCUUUUGGGCAUUCCUGAAGAAAUACAUCAAGUAUAGAGACAUGGCUCGAACCUUUGGCCUCGAGUUCUUGCCUGCAGGCGGGCCAAAACGCUUCUCCUAUGCAGAGCUCAAGGCAGCAACGAAUGACUUUUCCAAUCUGAUUGGAAAAGGAGGCUUCGGUGAUGUUUAUAAAGGGGAAUUAACCGAUCACCGUGUUGUUGCUGUGAAGUGCUUGAAAAAUGUGACCGGUGGGGAUGCAGAGUUUUGGGCAGAGGUGACAAUUAUUGCCCGGAUGCACCAUCUCAACUUGGUCAGAUUGUGGGGAUUUUGUGCAGAGAAAGGUCAAAGAAUUCUGGUCUACGAGUAUGUUCCUAAUGGUUCUCUUGAUAAGUACCUCUUCCCGGCGAGUCGGGUCCCCUCUCUGGACAAGGAAGUGGAGAUGGAUCCAAUUAGGACUGACGUGCCAAAUCCUAUUCUUGAUUGGAACAUCCGAUAUAGAAUUGCCCUUGGCGUGGCAAGAGCAAUCGCGUAUUUGCACGAAGAAUGCUUAGAGUGGGUGUUACAUUGCGACAUCAAGCCAGAAAAUAUACUUUUGGGGGAUGAUUUUUGCCCCAAGAUAUCUGAUUUUGGAUUAGCAAAGUUGAGGAAAAAGGAAGAUAUGGUUAGUAUGUCACGGAUCCGAGGGACCCGCGGGUACAUGGCACCGGAGUGGGUCAAGAUGGAUCCCAUAACCCCCAAGGCUGACGUCUAUAGCUUUGGGAUGGUGUUGUUAGAACUUGUGAGUGGCGUUAGGAACUUUGAGAUGCAAGGGUCAUUGAUGGAUAGUGAAGAUUGGUACUUCCCAAGGUGGGCAUUUGGCAAGGUGUUCAAGGAAAUGAAGGUGGAGGACAUCUUGGACCGUCAAAUCAAGCAUUGUUAUGAUAGUCGUCUGCAUUUUGACCUGGUGGAUCGCAUGGUCAAGACGGCAAUCUGGUGCCUUCAUGACAGGCCAGAGGCAAGGCCAUCCAUGGGGAAGGUUGCUAAGAUGUUGGAAGGCACCGUGGAAAUUACAGAACCCAAAGAACCCACAAUCUUCUACUUGGUCGAUCAGUAAAUACUAAUUACUUUUUUUUGGAAAGCAAUUUAUUAAGCCACAAUAACCAGCAAUGCUAUUGCAAGUCUAUUACUUUAUAGCAUAGACUUCCUAUGGCAUAAAGCAUCUGGUAUGGGCAAAACAGAGUAAAUACUAAUUACUUGAUCCAGUUUAUGAGUAAAUUUCAAGCUUGGUGGCCUUGGGCUUUUAGCACAGUGGUUACCGGUCAAUCAUCUUGCUUCUGUCAUCGCCGGGAAUGAUAAGCUUCAAAUCCCUCCAGUCAUCCUUACCCCUCACUCUUGUACCAUUAGAACAAAUGUAGUAGCAUGUAAUUUGGUCGCGAGGAAUGUAAUAAUAUUAGACUUUGGAGUAUAUAAGACCGAUAAAUUCAGAUAUUUGUCAA